AUGGCAUGGAAGUUUGGUGAAUCUUGUUGCUGCACAGUUCAUUCCAGUAAUGAGAACAUGGAUGAAUUCUUUCCCAACAUCAGUUUCACAGAUGAAGCUGUUAAGCCUGUUAAUGACCAGCAUCUGGACCCUGCUCCAGCUGAAUUUGAGCCUGUAGUUGGAGACGCAGCUGAAGUUGCAGAUAUAGCUACUUUUUUCCAGUGUCCUACUGGUUGGUUCAAGCACGGCUCCCGCUGUUUUCUGCUGGUCAAGUCUCGGAUGUCCUGGCUCAACGCAGAGAACCACUGUGUCAGUCAGCAGGGCAGUCUAGCGUCUGUCCAGAGUCCAGCUGAGUAUCAAUUCCUGCAGAAUCUGGCUGACCUCGGAGGUCAGACAUCUGCUUGGAUUGGUGCAUUCAACUUCCAGAACACAUGGAUGUGGAAUGACAGAGCAGGAUUCUACUACAGUAACUGGCAGUCACUGAGCAGCGUGUCCAGCAACCCCUGCGCUUACCUGCAGACACAAGCUGGAUGGGCAAACACAAAGUGUACAACCACAAUGGCAUUUUUCUGUGUCAGGAUCACACAGUGCUAAACAACUAUCACUAAUAAUCAAAC